GUCGGUGCGCUGCAGGCAGCGCCGGGAGCCGGCUCCUAAUAACAUCCCGCGGCUGUCACUCGGUCCCGGGGUCAGAUAUGGCCCUGGUGCGCGACGCCGAGCCCGCGGCCGGGUCCUCCCGCUGGCUGCCCACGCACGUCCAGGUGACUGUGCUGCGGGCCAGCGGGUUGAGGGGUAAGAGCUCAGGCGCCGGCAGCACCAGCGACGCGUACACGGUGAUCCAGGUGGGCCGCGAGAAGUACAGCACCUCGGUGGUGGAGAAGACGCAAGGCUGCCCGGAAUGGUGCGAGGAGUGCUCGUUCGAGCUGCCGCCCGGUGCCCUGGACGGCCUACUGCGGGCACAGGAGGCAGAUGGGUCCCCUGCGCCCUGGGCCUCGGGCCCCAACGCCGCCUGCGAGCUGGUGCUCACCACCAUGCACCGCUCGCUCAUCGGUGUGGACAAGUUUCUGGGUCGGGCCACCGUUGCUCUGGAUGAGGUCUUCCGCGCAGGCCGCGCCCAGCACACGCAGUGGUACAAGCUAUACUCUAAGCCAGGCAAGAAGGAGAAGGAGCGCGGUGAGAUCCAGGUGACCAUCCAGUUUACACGAAACAACUUGAGUGCCAGCAUGUUUGACCUGUCUAUGAAGGACAAGCCACGGUCCCCCUUCAGCAAGCUCAAGGACAAGGUGAAGGGCAAAAAGAAGUAUGAACUAGAAUCUGCCUCAGCUAUUCUCCCAAGCAGUGCCCUGGAGGAUCCUGAUCUGGGCAACCUGGGCAAGAUGGGCAAAGCCAAAGGUUUCUUCCUCCGCAACAAGCUACGCAAGUCCUCGCUCACACAGUCCAAUACCUCGCUGGGUUCGGACAGCACCCUGUCCUCUACUAGCGGCAGCCUGGUCUACCACGGCCCUGGAGCUGAGCUUCUCACCCGUUCACCAAGUCACAGCAGCUGGCUGUCCACUGAAGGGGGCAGGGAUUCUACACAGUCCCCCAAGCUGCUCACCCACAAGAGGACAUACAGCGAUGAGGCCAGCCAGCUACGUGCAGCUCCUCCUCGGGCUCUUCUUGAGCUCCAGGGCCACCUUGAUGGUGCCUCCCGCUCCUCCCUUUGUGUCAAUGGGAGCCAUGUGUACAAUGAGGAGCCUCAACCCCCAUUACGGCACCGCAGUUCCAUCUCAGGCCCCUUUCCAACCUCAACCUCCUUACACAGUGCCCCACCUCGGCCCUCUGAAGAAGGGCCUCGGGCCUCAGAUGACUCGUGGGGCAGAGGCAGCCGUGGCACCAGUAGCUCAGAGGCUGUGCCUGGACAGGAGGCGCUGAGCACUCAGGCCAAAGUGUUGGCCCUGGAGGCUGGUUGCUCUGGAGAAGAAGAGGGGGCCCGGCCUUCAGAGGGAAAGCCAGUCCAGGUUGCCACACCCAUGGUGGCCUCAUCUGAGGCUGUGGCAGAGAAGGAGCGGAAGCCCCGCAUGGGCCUCUUCCAUCAUCACCAUCACCACCAGGGGCUGAGCCGGAGUGAGCUGGGGCGCCGCGGCUCAGUUGGAGAGAAAGGGAGUCCUUCUCUGGGAGCCUCCCCGCACCACUCAUCCACAGGGGAGGAAAAGGCCAAGAGUAGUUGGUUUGGCUUGAGAGAAUCCAAGGAAUCAACUCAGAAGCCCAGCCUGGACGUGUCUCCUCAGGUAGAAUCUGACCCAGCUGCUCCUCCUCACCCCUGCUCCCCCCAGGCUCUGGCCCCCCCUACUCCUGCUCCCGCUGCUGCUCCCAUGCUAAGCACUAACCUUUUUGCAGCCACCUCCCCUGCUGCUACCACUGCCGCUGCUGCCACCAUUGUCCCUGAAGCCACCCCAUCUGGAUUCUUGGGGGUCACCAACCCGUUCCUCACCUCCUUGCAGAGCAACCCCUUCUUCGAGGAGCUCAAAGCCGACAUAGCACUAAAUUCUCCUUCACCUGCUCCCUCUCUCCCCAGUGCCUCGAGGGCCAGCCUGGCCCCCCUGGCCUCCCCUGGGAAAACCCUGCCUGAGUGGGACGACACCUUCAACAUCUUUGCUGCUGGCAGGCUGCAGCCAGAGGCCAGGAGUGAGAUUCUGGUCCCUGCAGAAAUGGGGCUGGAGGAGGAUGGGCUGCAAGACCCAGGCCCUGGGACCAUGACACUGAAAGCAACAGAGCCCCAGAGAGACCCUGGGGGAGAAAGAGAUGGAAGCAGGAUAUGGCUGGAACCCAGGGUGCCUGUGGACUCGGGACUGGACCAGCCAAGCACAAGUGUGUCUGACCCAGGACCCCUUGGGUCUUCAGGAACUAGCCCAUCUUCCAGAGCAGCCCAGUUGCACCUACGAGCCUCAGCCUCAACGCCAGACCGGGAGCUUCCUGCCUCAGAAGUGGGAGCUGGGCAGAGCCCAGCAGAUAGCGGGGCAUCUCUGUUCAGCUCCCCAGAAGUGCUCAGUGUGUGGGAGAGACUUCCUGGUUCAGAUGACAUUCCUGGGGGCCAGGAUGAGGAGGCUCCCCAAGAUGGAGGCCAGCUUUUCCAGGAGCUGAACACAGUGGAGGAUUCUUGGCCUUGGGAUGUGAUCACCAUUUCUCCUACAGCUGAGAUUGCUUCAUCCAUCAUACAGGGAGAGUCCGAUGAGGUGCCUCCUCUCCAGGUGCAGCCUGAAUCACCAGCCUCUCUGCACCCCGUGGAGAGUGAGGGGCACCCUGCAUUGCAGCUGGAGCCAGAGCCUGAGCAGGGAUUAGAUGAGGAGCCAUGGCCUGGUCCACCACCUCCCAAGCCACCACGCCUCUUCACACCUACAAAUUCCCAGGUGGAGGAGGAGGAGGAAGAGGAGGACCAAGAGGAGGAAGAGAAUGCUAUAGGGGGUUUGGAUAGUGGGGGGCCAGGGAUAGAAGAAGAAAUCACCCCAAGUGCAUUGGUUGUUGGUCCUCAAGAGUCCAAGGAGGAGGGGGUAAAUCCAGAGUUGGAGGGAUUGCACAGCCUGCCCUCUGGGACCCUGGUGGGUGAGCCAGAGCUUGAAGAGCUAGCAGGAGAUACUGGUGCUCCUGAAUCCGGGGCCAGCCCCAUGAGACUCACCAGCUGCCUUGAGGGGCCCAUCCUCAGAUCCCAUAGCUCAACCGGCUCAACUCUGCUGAGUCAGAAGGUCUGGGGGACUUCAGAUACAGGUGAGAACCUUAAAACCCAGAGCCAGGAGCUAGCCAAAGAGGGAUUUGGGCCUCUCUCAGUCACCCCUCAGCAGGCUGAUCUGUGGGCCUCAGAGGAGGAGGAGGAGGAGAAGGAGGAUGCCUUGAAUCCCUUCUUAUGUCAGGAGAGCCAAGAUCCCCCCAGUCUCCCAUCCAUAUCACCACCAGGGUCAAGGGAAUCCUCUAUCCACUCUGGUCCAGAAGAGUUGCCCACACCCCCAGAACCUGCCUUCCCACCUCCCCCUCUCCCACCCUGGGCCAGCCACCGCCAUGGGGUGCCAGGCCCUCCAUGCCCUCCCCUGCCUGUAGCCUGGCCCUUGACCUCUUCUUCCUCACCUCCCGAGGAGUCAGCUUCACCCCUUGGUCCCCUUGAGCGCUCCCCCACUGGGGGCUCCCCUACGCCAUAUGGGGAAGACCACGCUGCAGCCACCCCAGCCUCCCCGCUUGUGCUUCUGCCCUUGGAGACACGACCAGCUGAGGAGCUCCAGCCCAGUGGCAGUCCCCAUCCCGUGAAGCCCCUCAGUGCUGCCCCCGUGGAGGCCAGCCCCGACAGGAAACAGACCCGCACCAGCCUGAGCACAGCCCUGAGCAGCGGACUGGAGAAGCUUAAAACUGUCACGUCUGGCAGCAUUCAGUCUGUGGUUCCAGCAUCUCAGCUUGGCCCAGCUGUGGACACCAAGAAACUGAAGGACUCUGCUGUGCUGGACCAGUCGGCCAAGUACUAUCACCUGACUCAUGAUGAGCUCAUUGGCCUGCUCCUGCAGCGUGAGCGUGAGCUGAGCCAGAGAGACGAGCAUGUGCAGGAGCUGGAGAGCUACAUUGACCGACUGCUGGUGAGGAUCAUGGAGACCUCGCCCACAUUGCUGCAGAUCUCCCCUGCACCCCCCAAGUAACCAUUCAGUCCAUCCCUGGAGGGUUGGUGAGGACCUGUGUAAUGCCCUCCACUGACCUGUCUCACCUGAGUAGGGCACAGCCUGCCCUCAUGAUCACUCUGCUCCCUUCUCCAUCCCACCUCUGCUGGGGUUGCUGGACGGGGCCCUUUUGACCUUCCACGAGAGCCCUGGGUCUUUCCUACCUACCCAUUUCACACUUGUAGCUUUGGGUCCCCCCUCAAAGAAUUGGAACAAGGAUGUCAGCUGUCAAGAUGGCCCAGAAGUGAGCUGUGGGUUCUGGGGUGAGCUGUGGUAACUAGGGCAACACUGUUGCCAGCACAGAUUUAACCACCUGUGAGGUUGGUCAAUUGUUUCUUCUUGGCCCUUCAUCUUCCUCCAGCACCUGGAGGGCCUCCUAGCAUUUUCUUGGGACUAGGAUGGGGACCAAACUGCUUGCUUGUCUGUGCACUAUAUAGACAACCAGGGCACCUACACCUCAACCUUGUGCCUGUACCCUAAGAGUAGGGAGCCUGUGUAUUUUAGUCUUGUCUCUCUCUGUCUGGGGCUGUGUGUGUGGAGCAUGUAUACAGUGUGGUGGCAGUGGCGGUGGUGGCGGUAUUAUGUGUCUGUGUUCUUCAGCUGCUCCUUGCCCCUCUUCAGACCCUCCCACUCCAUGUCCCAGUGGUAAUGGGUGGUGGGCUGGGUACAGGGAGACUGACUCCUCUCUCCUGAGGUUCUCCCUACCUCCCUAACAUGAGACCCAGGUUGGCGCUUUGGACUGCUCAUGUUUUGGGGAUCAGGCUUCCAUGUCUGUUGUUACCAUUUGUCCAGAUGCCAAAACUGUGCUGCUGUGGGGUUAGAACUUUUGGAAACCAAUUAAAAUGUGCCUUUUGUGGGUGAGGACAAGAGCCUCUGGGUGUAGGCCUCUCUCUGGUUGUGGUGUCCCCGCCCUCCCAUUGAGCACAUGAAAAUGGCUGUUAGGGUCCUGAAAGGGGAAUAUGGAUCAGAUUUCUUGCUUCCCUAAGAAGUACCUCAGCUAAGACUCUGGCAAACCUGCUGCCACCCCCUAAGUCUUCCUCCCACCUCCUGCUCCUUCCUUGCCCUCCAUUCGGAGCAUCGUGGGAUAAAAAUCGAUCAUGCAUAAGCCUGGGGAUACCCUGCAACUUACAGUAUCUGACCUUGAGUCCCAGAUGUGCUGAACCUGUGGGCUUGUCUGGAAGUAGGAGACUUCCCUCUGCCUCAGGAAACACCUGUGCUUAGGAAACGCCUUGUGGCUCUCCAGCUGUUCUGUAAGCUGCUGUGCAGCCUCCCUGUUGCUCACCAACCCUUUCCAUCUCUCCUGGCUUGGCUAAGUGCAUUUUGAAGCCAAGUAUCUACCCUGUGGUUCAGCUUCUAGUUUGCUUGUGAAUACAGCAGGUCUCCUCAUGGCAUCUGCAGAGGUCCUUGGUGGCUUUGCGUUAGCAAAAAGUAUGCGUGAAAGAGGUGGGAUGCUGAACAAAGGAUGCUUUUGGCCCAGUGGAAAGGCAACGACUCUCUUUAAGGAUCAUGAGUUCACUCAGAACACCUCGAGAGGAUAUGCUCUGGAUGAUGUCAAUCUUCUGCCAGCAUACAGCAGAUGAAAUCCCACAAUGGGGUCCCCCACAGUAUAGUUACCAACUCUAGGUCAACUCAGAAAUGGGAAAGUAACCACCAGUUCCAAGACUUUUGACCACUCUGUGUGUGAGGGACGGGGUGUCACUGGUAUUGGAGAGUGCCUCUUGAGGAAGCAAACCCCUCUGCUCAGUAUUUCUCUGGGCUUUCUAUGGUUCCAGCUCUGUCCCUCAUCUUUCAAUCAUCCCUGCUGUUUGGCCUCCCUAUGUGGCCGGGGCAGGGGGUGUCUUAGCAGAGGUUCUGAACUGAAGCCAGGGUUUUGCUUGUGUCUGCUCCAUACCACACAUUGCAGAGUGCAGCUGGCAGACAGUGAGCAGGCACAGUUCUGCUCUGCUGUUUGUCUUCCUAGUUGAAACUCCUGUCUAUAAAGAGCUUGUUCUUCAUGUUUUGAGCACUUUAUGAAGAAUAAAGAAUCCGUGUACCACA